GUUGUGAGCAAUUAUUACUACGUUUUCAAAAAUGUGAAUGUAAAAGAAACGGAAGAUGAAAUACUUUUGGUAUAAGAAAUAGUCCUUCGAUAAAUUAGGAAAGUAGACAUGUCGUGGGGGAAUCGAAUAAGAGGCAAUCCUCAAAGUGUUCAAAAGCUCCUUGAUGAAAAUGCCCAACUUAUUCAGGCUAUAGUGGAUUACCAAAACAAGGGAAAAGCUGCUGAAUGUAUUCAAUACCAACAACUUCUUCACAAAAAUCUCAUGUAUUUGGCCAGUCUGGCUGAUUCAACUCAGAAUAUUCAAGCUAUGAUUCCACCUGCUCCAACACCAACUGGGGUACCUAGUACCACACCUGUCUCGGGUACAAUGGGUGUACCAAGUGGCAAUGUACCUGUCAAUAUACAGGACCGAAAGAUACUACCAGGAACAUCUAUGGAUCAAGGUUCAACGGCGAUACCCAACAUGACAUCACAAGUUAUCUCGUCAGCUGGAUCACCAAUGACAAGUACCAUGCACACGGCUCCACAGUCAAUGACCACUGUGCAAGUUGAUGGCACUGGUAACACGCCAAAAACCAAUAUGGUGGGAAUGCUAGUAUGA